AUGCGACUUCUCCAGCCUUUUAGUCUUCUUGCCAUUGAUGCACUGGUCACCAGCCAAAGGGCCGACCUCACGAAUUGCCCUUUACUGGGGCCAGCCUAUCCUCUUCCAAACCUUCAUAAGUCACAGGUAAUCAAAGAUAAACGGGAGUCAUUUACAAAACUCAUCAACAAUGCGAUCUCAACCGGUGAAACCGAAUUGGGCAAGAUAAACACUGCCACUGCCUCGUUUUCAAUCAGUGUAUUCUCUGCAGAUUCGGAUGAGUUUCUCUACGAGUAUCAUCAUCAGGGGACCGAGCUCAAGGGGACAGUUACCGGGGGCUCAUUGGAUUCGGAUACGUUGUAUCGCAUUGGAAGCGUUACGAAACUAUUGACCGUAUACACCAUUCUCGUCAAGCUGGGCCCUACAUACUGGAACGAGCCGAUCACCAAGUUCAUCCCGGAGCUUGCGGACGCGCCGGCAGGGCACCGAGCGCAUCGGGUGCAAUGGUCUGAGGUGACUUUGGGAGGUUUGGCCAGCCAUAUGAGUGGUAUCGCACGCAAUAAAGUCCUCAAUUCCUUGCUGGAGCAGUAUCCCGCUACGACAACCUGGCACACCCCAGUGUACAGUAAUGAGGCGUUCCAGCUCAUCGGGUGGGCGUUUGAGAACAUCACAGGCAGCUCCGUAGAGCUGACAAGUCUUUCCAGGACCGGCGGCGUCUAUUCUUCCUUGGGCGACCUCUCCGCCAUUGGCCGUUCCAUUCUCGCCUCGUCUAUCCUACCCAAAGCCGCAACCCGUGAAUGGCUCCGACCGGUAACUCACACCCAACACACUCACAGUGCUGUCGGGCGCCCGUGGGAAAUUACUCGAAUGGACGUCGCCGCAGCUCCCGGCUCAAAGCACACUCGGCUCGUGGAUCUAUACACCAAGAACGGCGGCAUCGGAGCCUACCUGACCUACCUCAUCCUCUCACCCGACCACAACAUUGGCUUCACCCUCCUGACAGCUUCCAAGACCGCCUAUGGCGAUGGCAUUGCCGACUCUACGUUCGACGUCCUCAGCGAGUUACUCCUGGAAAAGUGGAUACCCGCCGCCGAUGCCGCCGGCCGGGAGGCCGCGGGAGAGGACCUUGCUGGCAUUUAUGUGGCCGACGACGGAUCGGACUCCCGUGCCGAGUUGACGCUCGUGCCCGGCAGAAUCGGUCUAACACUCCAGAAACUUGUGAUCAACGGCACGGACUUCUUCUCAGAGUCGGGCAGGAAACUUGGGUUUCAGGGUGCGGAUCUACAGUUCAUGGGACUUCAAGACCAGGGGAAAAUCGCAUUCCGAGCGGUAUUCUCGAACCCUGAUGCGGCACCGUCGGGUCGGGAGCCCAUACUGGGAAAGAAGUGCGGAUCGACCUGGGGAGGUGCUGGAUCGCUUACAUACGGCAAUAUUGCUAUAGAUGAGGUUGUCUUCACUGUGGGUAAGGACGGAAAGGCAACUAAUAGCUCAUAUUCCAGAGCCCUCAGCCGCUCUCAGUCAUAGAUCUCAUCAAAUCUCAUCAACCUCUAUUCAAGCUCCCCCUACUCCACGCUUCCAAUGUAACACCACGCCAAAAUGACAGAACCGUAUCCAGAGAUACAACCGCUCUAUGCGCGGUACUGGUUCCAGAAGCUGUACAUGCGAGUCUGCUGGUUAGGAGUGAACUCCUCGUAGCAAGAGUCGUAGGAGUAGUCCAUGUAGUUGUGGAUGGGGUCGAGACCAGCCUGGCUAGGGCAGGAGUCACGGCCGGUAGGGCAUCCGGUGGAGAAGCUGGCCUGGGCGGGGGUAUCG